AUGGAGGAACCUGCUGCAAGAGCGCUGGAGAUGUCCCUGUCAGACGGUACCGUCCCCUCGGACGACGAUAUGCCCUUAACGUUACCCACAGAGGGCAGCCUCAGUGGAAGCAUCCGAAAGGGAUGUGAUCCUUUUGCCCAGACUCAGCGCAGUAAACUGCAGCACCGGCGAGCUCGCAUCAACCAGCAGAUCAACAAGGAGAUGCGAAUGAGAGCUGGAGCAGAGAACUUAUUCAGGGCAACAACCAACAACAAGGUGAAGGAGACAGUGGCUCUGGAGCUCAGCUUUGUCAACUCCAACCUACAGCUUCUCAAAGAGGAGCUGGAGGAGCUCAACAGCAACAUGGAGGUCUACCAGACAGACAGUGAGGCUAUCAACGUUCCCAUGAUCCCACUCGGAUUAAAAGAAACCAAAGAGGUUGACUUCACAGUUUCUAUCCAGGACUUCAUCUGUGAGCACUAUGGAGAGGACAGCUCUCUCUACGACAAGGAGAUCAAAGAGCUUAUGGAGCUCAGACAGGCCAUGCGUACACCCAGUCGUAACCAGGCCGGUCUGGAGCUACUGAUGGAGUACUACAACCAGCUGUACUACCUGGAUCAGCGCUUCUUUCCCCUACAUAGGAACCUGGGCGUGCACUUCCACUGGUACGACUCCCUGACAGGUGUCCCGUCGUCUCAGCGUACGUUGGCCUUUGAAAAAGGAAGUGUGUUGUUCAACAUCGGUGCCCUGUACACACAGAUUGGAGCACGGCAAGACCGCUCUGCAACAGCUGGCAUAGACCGAGCAAUAGAUGCCUUUCAGAGAGCUGCAGGGGCAUUUAAUUACCUUAAAGAGAAUUUCUCCAACGCUCCCAGUUUGGACAUGAGUGGUCCGUCGCUCUGCAUGCUGGUGCGUCUGAUGGUUUCCCAGGUGCAGGAGUGUGUGUUUGAGCGAGUCACACUCACCACUCAGGACACACGCUUCACUUCGCAACUCCGCCUGGCACAAGAGGCUGCACGGGUGUCAGAUGUCUAUUUGUUAGUGCAGCAGACCAUGACUCAGCCUCUGAUGAAGGACUACGUGCCGUUUUCUUGGGCCUCCAUGGUUCAAGUCAAAUCAGAACACUUCCGUGCCCUCUCACACUACUACGCUGCUGUUGCACUCUGUGAUCACACGUUGUCUGCUGAGGAGGAGUGUGAUGAGGAGUCAGAGAAGGCUUUCCUCCAGUUCUAUAUCAGCAGUCCUGCAGGGCCACCACUCAGCCAGGUUUUACAAGACCCUGAAAAAAGAAGAAAGCUUGGUAAAGCUCACCUGCGACGGGCAGUAAUCAGACAUGAGGAAGCCAUGCGUGUCCACAGUCUGUGUAAGAUCUUGAGGAAGAUGGACAUCCUGCAGGACGUGCUGUCGCUCACACACAAACGCUCUCUGGACAAGUACUCUGAGCUGGACAGAGAAGACGAUUUUGAUGAAACUGCAGAGGCCCCAGAGAUACAGUCUCAAACCCAUCAGAAACCAGACAUCACUCCAACCAACUUCUCUACAGUCCAAGUUACUGAUAUCUUCCAAAGACUGGGGCCUCUAUCGGUGUUUUGUGCACGGGCUCGCUGGGGUCCAGUACGUGUGAUCUGUCUGCAGAGGGGAGAGGGUGGGCUGGGUCUCACGCUCAGAGGAGACUCACCCGUCCUGGUGGCUGGAGUGGUGCCUGGAGGCUGUGCAGCGGAGGCCGGACUAAGGGAAGGAGACUACAUAGUAGCCGUGGACGGAGAGGACUGUAAAUGGGCCAAACAUGGCGAGGUGGUUCAGAUGCUAAAGAGCUGUAGCGACAGAGGCGUGGAGCUCAGUGUGGUCACAUUACACUCACAUGAUACACAGCUGGAGAGGAGAGCCAUCUUGCUGUCCCACAGCAGCGGUAAGGAAAACACUCGGCAGCGCUUGCUGGCUGGAGCUAAGGGGCAGAGCUCCGCCUCCUUGUUGAACUGGAACAGGAAGAAGACGAGGGAAGGUGGCGGGGUCACUAAGAGACUAGGAAGCACCUUCAGUUUGUCGUUUGGAAGCAUCCGAGACACUGAGGCCAUGUACUGAGACAUGAUUGCAGAGGAACCACUCAGGGAAUCACAGCAGUGGAGGACAAGGUACGAUCAGAACCGCAUUCAGAGUGACCGUAGUGCUGCACCGCGAAACAUCAGCAGGAGACAAAACCUAAAAAAAGAACACGGUUUGACCAGUAAAAUUGUUCCUGAUGUCUUUUUUUUGUUCCCGCACAGUCCAAUGUCUCUCUUUGUUGGCUAAGCAAAUAUGUGGAAGCAAACAUACCAGGUAAUACCUUCUAACAUGAACAUUUUUAAGAGUUGAACAAUCCUACGUCCGAGGAGUAAGCUGUACUCCUCACUGCAGUGCUAUGUGCUGCCUUGGAGACAAAAGGUGCAUUGAGACAGAACACAAGGAAGAUUUUAUAUGUAGGACAUUAUGAAAUCAAAAAAAAAAUAUAUAGUGCAGUUAUUUUACUGACAAAAUGUAAAAAUGCACAUUUGAUUUUUGAUGCACAUCUAUCACCACUUGGAGUUCUCUGUGAGACAGGAAGCCACAGACAUACAAAGAAUAAUUUUGAGUAUUACUGAACUUCAUUGAAGUUUUUUCAGCAAACUACUGAGACAAACAUUAAAAAAGAAUUGCAAACAGCUGGUGGCUAGUAAAUAUGUCAAUCAACCCAGGGCUAACAGCAAAUUAGGAUUCACACUUGAAAGCAAACCUAAGGUUUAGGUCUUGACAAUGCAACCAGCAUGUGAGUGUUGUAAACUGACGGAACAGCCGGCAAAAUCGUACUGAAAACUCCUUUACUUAAUUAUUUUAACAUCCUCUCCAGAAAAACAAAACAAAAGCAAGUUUCAUAUUUUUUGUGUCUUAUAUUUUUCUUAAGUGGUCUCUGAGGUUACAGAAUACUGUAACACUCCUGUUUAACCACUGAAGUGCUCCAGAUUUGGAUCAGUCAUCCACUGAUACUUUACAUUGUACGCCUACUAUAAUGAUUAUGAUAAUGGGUGUUCUUGGAGAAAUGUUUUUGUUGUUUUAGUUAUUUUUAGAUGAUUAUACGCACUUCAGAGGUUUUGAUCCAUUGUUUUGUAGUUUUGGUACUUUCAUGCACUGUGAAUAUUUAAAAGGACAAAUCUGUUGAUAAUAAUGUAGUUCUGACUUGAUGUCUCAAUAAUGAACAUGUGAGAGGUUGUUAGUUUUUUUUAAUGAAAUGUGAUAUGUGAGACCCUGCAGGAAAAGCAUGUGGUGUCUAAACGUUGUGUUUUUCUAAGGAGUUUUGAAUUGUCUUGUAUCUAUUGUGUCCUUAAUGGUUUCCGAGAACGGUCCAGCCACUGUACUGUAUGUUACAGUAAGCCAAUAUUAGAAAACACUAGAUGAAGAUGUUUGUUUUUCUUUUUAGAAUUAACAUUGAUUGAACUGUUUGUAAAAUUCAGAUUAAACUAGAAAUGUGAGAAUACUAGGACAAUACUGUUGUAUUGUAAAAUGAAUGCUGUGGUUUUUUUCCCUGUACAAUGUGUGUGCCAUGGUGAUCCAUUGUGGCGAGUACCAAAAGCCAGAGGGGACAAACACAAUUUUCUGAUGUUUUGUUUUCACACAAUCACAACAUAAUUGUUCUGUGAUGUAAUUUGUUUUUUCUGCAUUCAUGAAAAGUUUAGCAAUUCCAAACAGAUUGCAAAGGAGUGGGAUCUUUUUAUUCUCAUAAUCAUAAAAUUCAUUUUUGAUUUCAAGGAAACAAGUUUGUCAUGUUGUGAUCACAAAGUAACUUUCUGGUAGUCAAGGAAAAAAUGGUUCAAUCUUUCCUCCUCAGCUUUUAGGUUCAUGUAUUUGUGUGAGUGAGUAAAUGUUUGUCAAGACUGUUGUAAAGAGGAAUAAUUUUUCUUUCUAUUUGUGUUUUUGACUGAAUAACUGACCAUUCCUUAAUGACUGCAUUUGAGGAUUUGCACAGUAUUUUUUUCCAAGUAUAAAUACAAUAAAAAUAAAU